CCCUGUCCUAGAACCUUCUACGCCUUUCUAUUUCUUCCGUUAAAGCAACGCCCACUCUCCAUCUUCUUCAUUGCGCCUGAACCCAAGAACCCUAAUUCUUCCACCACACACUUAUGGCGAGGCGCUUAAUUCCAUCUCUUAAUCGUGUCUUGAUCGAGAAAAUCGUUCCUCCUUCCAAAACCUCUGCUGGCAUUCUUCUCCCCGAGAGCUCCUCCAAGUUGAACUCCGGCAAGGUGAUUGCGGUGGGUCCUGGUGCACGGGAUGUUAGCGGGAAUCUGGUUCCGGUCUGUGUGAAAGAAGGUGAUACCGUUCUUUUGCCUGAAUAUGGAGGCACGUCGGUGAAGCUCGGGGAGAAAGAGUUCCAUUUGUUUAGAGAUGAAGACAUUUUGGGAACUUUACAUGAUGAUUGAUUAUCAAUCUAAUUCAACAGUGGACUGCUUGUGCUUUUUGCUAGAGCUUCAUUCUGGUAUAUUUGAAUUUAGUUUUCUUUCAUGUUGUAGCUUAUUGAAUGCUAGAACCAGAAUGAAGGACAUGAUCAAUUAAUGAUUGGUUUUCCAUUUGGUUAAAUCUUAUUGGAAACUAUUUUCAGUUCCUCAUCGUCACUUUUAUCUUUAAUCUCUAUUCAGCAUUUCUUUUCUUGAUGGUCUGGAGGAGUGGAAACUACUGUAGUCUUCGAGUUUUGGGUCUAUCGGAAGAUUUUAAAUC